GGCCAAAUCAUGCUUUCUGGUAUAGUAGCCUGUUUUAAAUUAUUUUGUUUUGUGUAUAGGCAGGAGUAAGCUAAUAAGGCUAUAUCAUUUUGGCAGUUUUAAUUCAAUUGACUAUAGGGAAAUCUUGUCCUACCGAGCCCUAUGGACGCUCUGCCUAUGCCAAUGUGGCAAAAACACAACCAGUCAUGUUAAUAUCUGAUUGUUAAGCAAUCACCUGUAGACUACCCGCGCACAUUCGUCCAUUUACAAAAUAAUUCCAGCAUCCAACCCCCAACAAUGCACUGUGCAACUGCAAUUCCAUGAAUGGAAAGAAAAAUGUCUUACAAAACACCUACGUGUAUUGUAAUGAGAUGUGUGAUUGUUAGGCCUACACGUAGCCUGAAUCGCGUCCACUGUUGAAAAUAAAUAAAUCAUGAUUAAUAACUUGUAUGUAUUUUUUUCGGGAUUUUGUGGUAAUUGUAAUAGGCUCACGUUUUACCAUUACGGCGUUCCAAAAAUAUUUAUUUUGGCAGUAGGCUGGUAGGCUGUAGUAGCUUACUUUCAUCCCGGAGUGUGUCAGAGGAGUCUGUGACUAGGCUGUGACCCAGGUGUUGUCCUGAGGGUUGGAAACGUUCCAGAACACUGCCUUGAAAAGCUGAGGCUGGUAAAUGAGUCAGCACUCUGAUUAAAGGCUUUAUGAGGAAGGAGAAGGGAAACUGAUAAAGCAUAAACACACUUGAACCUUAACCUAUAUCCAUCAGUAGGAUGUCAGCAGCUUUCCAUUCCACCAAGGGGAACGGGGAAAUACCUAUGGAUCUUCAAAUGAAACCUGCUCUCUGUCACAUUUUGGGUGCCAGUAACUCUAGUUUCACUCAGCUCAGUUUCAGUGACCAGUGUGUAGAUUUAAUGCAGAGGCUCUUUCAAUUUCUGUUCCUAUGAUAACCUCUAUCAUGUAGUGACCAUGUGUGUCCCAGAAGGGAUGUGUAUUUCCCAGAAGACACUAUGGUCAGCACGGGGAAGUUCAGUCGCAUCUCAAGGAAACAGAAGGGGAGGAGAGGUGUCAGAUGGAUGUGUCACCCUCUAAGUUUCUACUCACUGGGUAUAAAAUACCUUGGAAGCUAGGUUGAUAGAAGACCACUCUCCAUCGAUUACACAGGUGCCUCAACAGACAGUGAACAGAAGAAUAGGGCUCUCUGUAGAGAAUUUAACUGAACUGAGUUGGGCAGGAGUGGACUGAGCUAAACUAUAUUGGACAGUGACUAGUUUCGGCUGAUAGAUACACAGGCUUUUCUCUAUAACACACACAGUCCAGUGCUCAGCAGGAGGAUGUCUGUCUCGUGUAGGGGGGCUCUGCUCAUGCUUCUCGCCAGUCUUGGAGGUCUGGUCUGGGGGGAGGUGGGUGACUUCACCCCUUGCCUCCGUUUCUUCUACAUGGAGACUCCCCCAAAAGGCAUGGGGGGAGAGGGGUACCAGCCCAUCUGCCAGCGCUACAGGAACCAGUACCAUUUUGCCAGCCUGUACCAGCGCCAACGCCGUGCCACCCUCUACUCUGCCUACAUACUUACCCCUGGAGGAGGCAAACGGCCCAGGAACAAGUGGAUGUAUGAACCACAGUUGGCGUUCUCCGGUGCCAGUCCAGAGAUGCAUAGUUUCCCGCGGAGUGGCCCCGUGGACCAGAAUGUGGUGGACAGCCAGGCGGUGCUCCAGGACUACAUCAACUCUUCAUACACCAAGGGUCACCUCAACCCCAGCCUGCACCACCAGGCCCCAGAGGACCGCCGGGCCACUUUUACCCUCACCAACGUGGUCCCUCAGCGGGCAGCCUCAAACUCUGGCCCCUGGGCUCAGCUGGAGGCUGAGGUGAGGGCCCGGAUGGGUAACUACUGCAUUGGGCCGGCGUAUGUGGUAACAGGGGCGCUGUCAUACCUCUCUGAGCGCUGGAUGGCCAACCGGGUAGCGGUGCCAGAGUACAUGUGGUCUGCCUACUGCUGCCCCUCCUACAACUCUAGUGUCCCCGCCUCACAGAGACCCUACUUCCCAUCAUAUGCUGCUGUGGGCCGGAAUGACCGCCAUAGUGGUGGAGAGAUUGUGCCGGUGGACCCCCAGGCGAAGGCCUCGGUUCGGGGGUAUGAUGUGAGGCGGAUGCCCAUGGACACUGUGGAGACUAUUCUACAGCAGAGACUGGGCGUCCACAUCAGCCUGUUUCACAAUCAAUGUCUGUAGGCAGGUGUGGUAGUUAGGUAAUGGGCUGUUGUAUUGGCUGUCCCUGUUCAGUGAAAAAUAAAAUCUACAG